AUGGCCGGAAUAACUGAUGAUCCUUUUGGAGUUUUUCAGUCAUGGAAUGACAGUAAACCUUUCUGUGACUGGACUGGAAUCUCAUGCAGCAAAAUACAUCCAGGGAGAGUGAUUUCCAUUCAACUUGAUUCACAGAGCUUGUCUGGCUCCAUCUCCUCCUCCAUUACAAACCUUACAUUUCUCCAUAGCCUCCUCCUCAUGAACAACAGCUUCUCUGGUGGCAUCCCGCCCGAUAUUGGCAUGUUACCAAGGCUUCAGCAUCUCAACCUUAGCUAUAAUUCACUUACUGGGGUAAUACCUCUGGGUCUCAGCAACUGCUCUGAUCUUCAAACUCUUGGCUUGCACUAUAACCAGCUCCAUGGAAAUAUUCCAUCAGAAUUUGGCUCUUUGAUGAAGCUCCAAGAACUCGUUUUAGCUAAGAAUAACUUCACUGGAUCCAUUCCUUCAUCACUUUCCAAUAUCUCCUCUCUUGUAAAGCUCAGUUUAUUGUCAAAUUCUAUACAAGGAAACAUCCCUGAAAACCUUGGCCUCUAUGCUACCAAUCUAAGUUUCUUGCAGAUGGCUCAAAAUGAGCUUUCUGGUACCAUACCUCCCACUCUUUUCAAUCUAUCAUCUCUGAAUUAUUUUAGUGUGGCGGUUAACCAGUUUCAUGGCAGCCUUCCCCUUGAUAUUGGUACCACUCUUCCUAAUCUCCAGGCACUUUUAUUGUCUGAUAACCAGUUUGGAGGAACUCUUCCAUCCUCACUGAUUAAUGCUUCUAGAAUCAGGCUUCUAGACAUGAGCACUAAUAACAUUGGUGGUAAGGUGCCUUCAGAGCUUGGAAAGCUGCAAGAUCUUGUUCACCUGAACCUCGGCUCCAAUGAGUUUGAAAUAAAUGAUCCUGAUAGUUGGAGGUUCAUGGAUUCAUUGACGAAUUGCAGCAAACUCCAGGUACUGGCUCUGAACAGAAACAAUGUGAGUGGUGUGUUGCCGGAAUCGGUGGGCAACCUCUCGACCAAUCUCCAGUCACUUAUGCUAUGGACCAAUAGCAUAACAGGGAGAAUUCCUUCAGGCAUUGAAAACCUCAUCAACUUAGAGCAACUGCAACUGGCAACUACCUUCUUCCAUUGGUAA